CGUGUCUAUCCUGCAACAUCAAAGUUCAGGGCUCAGGGGAUUCCAAUUCUCUCCUGGCGCGUGCCCAUCUUAUUUACAUACCAUACCGUACUUUUCCCUUCCGUAUAAUUCCAUAUUUCUGUCUUCGAGAGAUUAAUAACUGAUUGAUUAACGUUACUUUCCUGUCCUUAUUGUCAGUUCGAACUUCGGUCCAACUUUUUUUUUAUCAGUCGAAUCUUUUAGGCCUUCGGUUGAUCCACUCUUAAGCUGUGAACUGCCAAUCGCUUCGUCCUGAUUUACGAUUUACGGUUCCAAGAUACAGUGGGUUUUUAGUACAAUACAUUUGUUACAGUACUUAUGCGUACUGCCCGGUCUGCUUCUUUGCAAUCAUCUACACAAAGCCGCCUUCAUACCGCCAGAUCAUUGGCGGUCAAGGUGUGACGCUCCCAUUACUCGCGCCGAUUAAUACCCACUCCUCGAUUUCUCGCCUCUGCCACGAUUGUUCGUCCCGAGGAGACUUGGGACCUUGGAAUUUUACCCACCACGGCAUCCUCCACACUGGCAUCAUUACAGGCAGAUAGCAAUCUGCCACCAAUCACCUCGCCCAUUCCGACACGUACGGCAUCACCAGCAUUACCACCUAUAAAAUCAGUCAUGGAAGAGGGCGCGGCGCCGCUGCCGGCAACGGCAACGGCAACAACCAUCGACCCAAUAUCGCGUCCGAGUUCGACUUCUUCGACGACGGCCUCGGCAGCACCACUUCCAGGAGUUUCCGCGUUGGCGGCCGCGGGAUCAGCAACCAGUUCGCCACAAUUGAGAGCAACAAAUACGCCUGCACCACCUCCGAUGAAUUCCUCUCCUGCGGCGCACGCUCCAACAGCGUCGGGCAAUUUGCCAACCUGCCAGAAUUGCGGUACCUCGACCACUCCUCUGUGGCGUCGCGAUGAGACGGGAUCCGUCCUGUGCAAUGCCUGCGGUCUCUUCUUGAAGCUGCACGGCCGUCCGCGCCCGAUUUCCUUGAAGACAGACGUUAUAAAGAGCCGAAAUCGCGUGAAGACAAUGCGUCCGGACAUGCAGAUAAAGAAAAAGCAAAGCCUUCCUGCAGCUGCGAGUACCAAUGGUAACAAUUUCAAUCAUGAUAAUGCAACUGCCGCCCUUGCUGCCGUUCGCGCGAAUCAACAGAAUGCCACAAACGGCCACGGUACAGACUCGCCCGUGUCGCGCACUGCGACCCCGUCUAUAUAUGAUCCCCAUCUGACUGCUUUCCAAGCUAUGGAUCAUUUCCAGUCGGAUAGUUUACCUCAAUACCCCCUUCCCGAUGGCUCCCCUAGCCACCAGUCUCCUAUGAAUGGCGACCAGCACAUCACCGAUGUCCCGCAAACUCACGAGCAAUUAAUUGCCGCCAACUCAAGCUUGAAGACGCGCGUUAGCGAGCUCGAACUCGUCAACGAGCUGUACAGGGGUCGAUUGCAACAGUUGGAACAGGACAUGCAGACCGCUGACAACUACCGCCACGCUGCCGAGAAUUCCGCCAAAGAAGCUGCUACGGAGCGUAUGCAACGUGAAGAAAUCCAGCGACAGUUGGAGGAAAGCCACAGACGGGAGAAUAUCCUCAAGAGACGACUGGACGAGAUGGAGCAAGAGAAUCAGGAACUGAAGGCCAAGGUAGAAGAAUCGGAGUCGGAGCGCGCAGCAAAGAGACCUAAGCUAGACGUGGACGAGGCAAAAGUCGAAGAGACAGAAGUGCCGACACCGCAAUCUGCAUCCUAAGGGACGGUGUUGUAUCCUUCCUCGCUUACGUUUAGUGAUACCUUUUUUUUUGCAGUUUGUCGCUUUCCUAUCUGUAAUACUAUCCCCUCACGACUUUCCUUGCGUUAAUUUUUGAUUUUCUUGUUCCGCAAAUACAGCGAUAGGAGGAUGCGCAGAGGCAUUUCGGAUGCAGGCAGGUCUACGGCUUCGUUAAUUAGUUGAUGUGGAACGAGGAACUCUCGGCGGUAGCCUUUCGCAUUGGCACGGUCAAAAAUCUUGAGCAGUAUUUUGAGGUGGAUAAAGUUCAUCAUGAUGAUGAGACGGCUUGGUCUUUAUGGCUAUCGACCCCAUGGCAGUUACUAGGAGGAUGGGGAAUAUGAAAGGAGUUUUAAGGAGUCACCACUGUUGCCGGAUACUAACCCGCCGGCUAAUGGUCAAUAAAAGUUCAAUUGCAUUUCUGACAAUGAUGCUAAAAAACUGUUAUUAGUCUACAAUCAUGUUGAUUUUGAGCUACGAAGCCAGAAAAAGAUAAAACGUCCUGUACGAACACUUGCGUUUGGAGAUGUGUAUGGUUACUGGUAUUAUAGUAAUUCGUAUGGUGGAUUAUAUAUAUAGGUACCUAUAUAUACCUAGUCUUCAGCAAUCACUAAUGUUACUGGCCUC